ACUGAUAUUUCAAACUCCUCUAUACAUGACAAAACAAAAAGUCUUCACUCAUAAAAGAAAGAAGACAAUGAGAAGUUUCUGUUUACAGAUCCAUCUGAAGUUGAAUUAAGGAUUGCCGCAUCGUCGAGCUUUUGCUGUGCUGCUAUCUGCAAAAUUUCCUUUGAAUUGUGCUGUUUGGAGCAACGUUGGAAUUUCCAUUGUCCUGCGUAGUAAGGAAGACUUCUUAUUCAAUUAGCAGCAAGCUCUACAUUCUACAAGACUAAUUCAGCAACUUAUUAGGAAUUAUGGCUAGUAUCUCAGCAUUAACUGCUGCUGCCAGAAGGUUGGAAGGCAAAGUUGCCCUGAUCACAGGAGGUGCUAGUGGAAUUGGUGAAUACACUGCUGAACUUUUCACCAAACAUGGUGCUAAAGUGAUGAUUGCCGAUAUCCAAGAUGAUUUAGGGCAAUCUGUUUGCAAGAACUUAGGUCCCUCGGUAGCUUCAUACAUCCACUGUGAUGUCACGAAUGAAGCUCAUGUACAAAAUGCGGUGGACUCAACAGUAGCCAAAUACGAAAAGCUGGACAUCAUGUUCAAUAAUGCAGGCAUAGCCGGCAGCUAUCCAAAGCUCAACAUCCUUGACAUCACACAAUCUGAGUUCGAGGAAAUCAUUAAGGUAAAUCUUAUCGGUCCCUUUUUGGGAACCAAGCACGCAGCUCGAGUAAUGAUCCCAGCCAAACAAGGUAGUAUAAUUACAACGGCCAGUACUUGCUCCGUCAUAGGAGGAGGAGCUCCUCAUGCUUAUACUAGCUCGAAGCAUGGUAUCGUAGGACUCACAAGAAACACAGCUGUGGAACUUGGAAAAUAUGGGAUUAGAGUGAAUUGUGUGUCACCACAUGUGAUCUCAACGCCUUUGGUUAAAAACUUCUUAAAAUUAGAUGAUGAAGGUGUAUCUAAGUUCUACUCUAAUCUCAAAGGAGCUUCGUGUAAGGUGGAGGAUGUCGCGAAUGCAGCUUUGUUUCUUGCAAGUGAUGAUUCAAAGUUCAUUAGUGGACAUAAUCUCGUGGUUGAUGGAGGCUUUACCAUUAUGAAUCCAGGAUUUUGUAUGUUUGAAUAGCACUAGUAAUGAUUUUUAGGAUUACUGGAGAGAUAUUAUAUAUGUUUGUCUAUUGGUAAUUCUAGAUUUCUAGUAGUGGAGUUAAUAAGAUCAUCUGACUACUACUGUCAUGGAUGAUGUUAUUGUUUUUUCUGUAACUACGAACAUAAAUAGCAAUAAAGGCAUAUGUGGUUAUUCACUCAUUCGACAACAAA